GGCGAAACGACGGCGAGUGUCGCGGAAAAGUGACUCAAACUCUGAUGUAAUCAUUUUCACAUGCCAUUACGGCCGCCGCUAAAAUCGUUCCGUUCGCAUUGCCAUUGGCAUACUCAUUCUAAUUCUCGCUGGUCGGAAAUCGGGUGACUUCGGCUUUUCUGUGUUUCGCAUUCAGUCUGUUGCUGUGGCGCAAAGCACAAUAUAAUACUCGAUCGUUUCAAUAUAGUUUCGUGAGAGAUCACCGAGAUGACCUCGCGAAUGUUCAAGUUCGGCGUAACAGCCGCCAGCGCCUGUGUGGGUUCGGUUCUGGCCUCGUACACCCUGGACCGCUGGAACACCCCCCAUGUGGUUAACAAUGCCACCGUGCCACCGAAAAGGAAGCGCACGCUUCCCCCGCGAGCGGAUCAGAUCAAAUCCUUGAUGAGCGGCGAAGAGUUCGACGUGCUGAUCAUCGGCGGAGGAGCCACGGGAGCCGGAUGUGCUCUCGACUCGGUCACAAGGGGUCUUAAGACCGCCCUGGUGGAGCUGGAUGACUUUGCCAGCGGAACCUCUUCGCGCUCCACGAAGCUAAUCCAUGGCGGUGUGCGAUACCUGCAGAAGGCCAUUUUGGGCCUUGAUCUAGAGCAGUACCGCAUGGUGAAGGAGGCGCUGGCUGAGCGCGCCACCAUGCUCGAAUCGGCGCCCCACUUGACCCACCCUCUGCCCAUCAUGCUGCCAGUUUACACAUGGUGGCAGGUUCCCUACUACUGGGUGGGCAUUAAGGCCUACGAUCUGGUGGCCGGCGAUCGCAAUGUGAAGAGCUCGUACUACCUCUCCAAGAAGGAUGCCCUCGAACUGUUCCCCAUGCUCAAGAAGGACAAGUUGUGCGGCGCCAUCGUCUACUAUGAUGGCCAGCAGGAUGAUGCCAGGAUGUGUCUGGCGGUGGCGCUGACUGCCGCUCGUCACGGUGCCACUGUGUGCAAUCACGUGGAGGUGAAGGAGCUGCUGAAGAAGGACGACGGCACUGGCAAACAGGUGCUGUGCGGAGCCAAGGUCAAGGACCAUAUUUCCGGCAAGGAGUUCACCGUGAAGGCCAAGUGCAUUGUUAAUGCCGCCGGUCCCUUCACGGACUCCAUCCGCAAGAUGGACAACCCCACGGUGAAGAGCAUCUGCUGCCCCAGUUCCGGAGUUCAUAUCGUACUGCCUGGCUACUAUAGCCCCGAUCAGAUGGGUCUGCUGGAUCCCUCCACCUCCGACGGCCGCGUCAUCUUCUUCCUGCCCUGGCAGAGGCAGACGAUUGCCGGCACCACCGACCUGCCCUGCGAAAUCACCCACAACCCAACGCCCACCGAGGACGAGAUCCAGUUCAUCCUCAGCGAGAUCAAGAACUAUCUGAAUGCGGACGUGGAGGUGCGCCGUGGCGAUGUGCUCUCCGCCUGGAGCGGCAUCCGCCCACUGGUCUCCGAUCCCAACAAGGACGACACCCAGUCCCUGGCCCGCAACCACAUCGUCCACGUCAGCCCCUCCAAUCUCAUCACCAUCGCUGGCGGCAAGUGGACCACCUACAGGGCCAUGGCCGAGCACACCAUCGACGCGGCAAUCAAGGCCUGCAACUUAAAGCCAGAGCGCGCCGAGGCAGUCACCUCCUAUCUGAAGAUCGAAGGCGGCCAGGGCUGGACCCCGACCAUGUACAUCCGUCUGGUGCAGGACUUCGGACUCGAGUGCGAGGUGGCCCAGCAUCUGGCCAAGUCGUACGGUGACCGCGCCUUCGCCGUGUCCAAAAUGGCUUCGUUGACCGGCAAGCGUUGGCCCAUCAUUGGCAACCGCAUCCACCCCGAGUUCCCAUACAUCGAUGCCGAGAUCCGGUACGGAGUGCGAGAGUACGCCUGUACCGCCGUCGAUAUGAUUGCCCGUCGCCUGCGACUGGCCUUCCUCAAUGUGCAGGCGGCCCAGGAGGCGCUGCCAGUGAUCGUUGACAUCAUGGGCGAGGAGCUGGGCUGGUCCAAGGACGAGAAGGAGCGCCAGAUCAAGCACGCCACCGAGUUCCUGGCCAACGAGAUGGGACACUCAGUGAACCGCACCUCCAAGGAGCGCAUACCCAUCAAGCUGUCCAAGGAGGAGAUCCAGACGUACAUCAAGCGCUUCCAGCUGAUCGACAAGGACAAGAAGGGCUACGUUUCCAUAAACGAUAUCCGUCGCGCUCUCAAGAGCUUCGGCGAUGGCGACGUCUCCGGCGAGCAGCUGCACGAAAUCCUGCGCGAGAUCGAUACCAACAUGAACGGCCAGGUGGAACUGGACGAAUACCUUCAGAUGAUGUCGGCCAUCAAAACGGGCGACGUGGCCUACUCCCGAUUUGCGCGCAUGGCGGAGCUGGAGGAGCAGAAGCACGAGGCGGCCAAUCUGAAGCAGAAGAUCAGCGUGGACCGAUCCGGAGGCGGCCUGUAAGAGCACCAGCGACUUAACAACGACGACCACAUCACCCGGCCAUCGGAGGCAAGGACUAGACUUAAGAUCGAACGUUUAAGAUCAAACUUAUUUUCAUUUUGCUGUUAAUAAAACUCUUUCAACUCACA